AUGGCAGUUGAUACGAUCAUAUGUUUACGCACGAGACUACGUCUAACGGGGCGUACUAUCUUGCACUGGGCCUCGGCGCGCGGCCGCAAGUCUCUAAUACUCAAACUCCUCGCGCAGGGGGCAAAGAUCCAUGUCAACAGGACGGACGAAGAUGGAAUGACUGCACUCCACUCGGCCACCCUUCUCGGGAAUUGGGACAUAGUUAAGCUACUUCUGGAGAAUGGAGCCGAUAUUGAGGCUAGGAAUGCAGAGGGAUGGACCCCACUCCUGUGUGCAUCAAUUACAGGCGACCAUCAAACAGCCAGUAUCCUGCUGGAAAAAGGAGCAGAUAUCGCGACAAGAUGUCUGAAAUAUCCUAGAUGGACUGCGCUGUAUUACGCUGCAGCUCUGGGGAGGUUUGAAGUGGUCGACCUCUUGAUAAAGAGGGGUAGUAGCAUUGAAGCCACAGAAAUGUCAAGAGUAAUUUCGAAUGCUGUGGUAGCCGGAGAGAAAAGAACCGUUCAGCUGUUGUUGAGCCAUGCGAAAUAUGACACAGUACCGAAAGUGACCUGGCCUGAGCAUGAUCUCUCAAACAUGUUAAGUAGUAUGGCUAAGUCGGACAUGUUAUACCGUUCGUAUUUUGAACAUGGUCUAGUAGAAAUUCUAUUUGAGGCAUUUACGUGA